UGACACUCUUUAUUUCUCUUUUUCUCUCUCUGUUUCUUGUUUCUGAUAAAAGGCUCCUCCAUUAACUUUCUCAAGAACAGACCACACAAUACCAUGAAAUCCUUCUUCUUCAUCUUCAUUUUCAUCUUCUUCCUCGCGAUUUCUCUCUCUGUAACAGCAGUUACAGACGUCGACGAAUCACCAUCUCCAUCUCCAUCUCCAUCCCCAGAUGUUCAUCAUCAUCAUGAACAGAUCUCUGCUCCACCGCCGACUCUAGGUGGGACUGUGCCCUCAGCUCCGGCGGCAUUUCCAUGGCCAUUCCGUCCCCGACAAUCUCAAUCGCCAAGUCCUUCACCCAAUACGGCUAGCCCUUAUCUUCUGCCGGAGAAAGGCGGUUCUGUUUCUACUGCUAUACCCUUUAUUAACAGUAAUCCGGUUCUGCCAUUGCCCACUGGUGAAGUUGACUCUGCUACUAUACGCCCUUAUCCAACUUCUAAUGCUCAUGGAACAAAGGUUAUUGUGUGGUUUAUGUUUGCAGUUCAAGUAGGUUUAUGGUGUAAGCUGAUGUGAUUUUGGGUUUUUGAUUUUUGGGUUUUUGUUUUUAUGAAAUUGAAAUUAGGUUUAAUUAAUGGGUUAAUCAUUGUACCAUGUUGUAAUUAUAUGUUAUCCUUUUUGGGCUUUCUACCACUAUUAUGAAUGAUUAACACAUGCAUUUUCUUAAUUCCAAAA